GACCGGCUAACCCGGAACUGUUUAACCAGGGUAUAAAUUGGAAGGUUCAUCUGUUUACCACUGAGAACGUAACAAGGUUCCGCGAUAUACGCGUAUCUUAAUCCCCAAACAUGAUCACAUUAUCGCUAAUCUGUUUUACUGGCUUUAUUACAUUGAGUUCUGGAUCGAAAUGUUGUUCUCCUCCUCAAUGGGAACGUACCGAGUACAUCACUGGAACAGAGGUCGUCAGCGGAAAGAUGUCUCCCAUCCAGGGAGAAGCGCGGACAUCAUAUGAUGAAAAUAAUGGGAAGAUAGUGAGCGAAUACACGAUCACGCGCGGCCAGAAAAAAACCACGGAACACGUUCUUAUGGACUAUCCUGGUAAGAUGAAAUAUUCAGUGUCGGGAGGUGUGUGUAAGAAAUCUACGUUGACAGGACCCUUCACUAAAGCUUGUAUUCCAGAUAAUGCCACACCACCUUUACCCAUGUACUUUGGAAUUGGUGACCACAAAAUCAAUGUUACGAAUUACGUAGUAGUCAGCCCAGGACGGAUAUCGUCUCUACUAGUCUCCGACAACUGUGUACCUUUCUCUAAUACAACAGUGAGCAAACAGGGAGAAACUCCAUUCGUCUUGUCGUUUGGAUAUAAUGGGACAACGAUUGGCAUUAAGGACUCUUCAGUCUUCAACAUUCCACCUGCAUGUCAACAAGAGAAUGCAGACAAGGUCACAGAUAGAGAAAGACCGAUGUUCAUGACUAAGUUGUUCGGUAUGCGCGAGCAGAUAAGAGACAAACCAAAACCAAGGGCGGCUCCAAAAUGCUGUAUUCCGAAACAGUUUCAGUCACCCGGAGGCAUGAUAGGCCUGGUAGAGGUGAACGGCAAAGCGAUGCAGCAAGGGACUUCCAUGACGAUUUCCUACGAUGCCAUGCUCGAGAAGGUCGCAACAACUUCUCAAACCUCUAUUGACGGAUACCCACCAACAACCGAAGUGCAGCUGAAGGACUAUAAGGCUAAAAUACAGUACACUCUGAGAAACGGAGUUUGUCAAAAGAUCCCACUAAACUCUUUCCCAGAUCCAUGCAUGCCAGAUGACGCCACCUAUAAGCCAAUGGUUCUCGGAUCUGGUGCUAACACAUUGAAAGGAGGAAUUUACAGCUACGUGUAUGAAGGUAUCAACAUGACCUUGUUCAUGACUGAGGAUUGUAUCCCCAUCUCUGAGAUGCUGAAUGGAGACGUUGGUCCAAAUGUUGAAUAUUGGUAUUCGUUGGGCUAUUCUGCCAUAUCACUUGGAAUUAAAGAUCCAUCUGUAUUUAACGUACCAGCCGCCUGCAAAGGAGCGGCUAUGGACGUCAGUCAUGAGGAACCAUUCGUAUCGAUCAGAUAGUCAGUGAGCCACACAAAAGUCAACUGAAUCCGUCUGUGCAAAGAUACAGGACACAGGAAUCAACUAAACCGUCAACGCAAAGAUCAACUCUAACCGUCAACACAAAGAUCAACUCUAAUCGUCAACACAAACAACAACUCUAAACAACGCAAAGAUCAAUUCUAAUUGUCAACACAAGGAUCAGCUCAAACAAUCAACACCAAAACGAAAUGAAAGCAUCAACACAAAGAUCAACUCUAAUCGUCAACACAAAGAUCAACUCUAACCGUCAACACAAAGAUCAACUCAAACCGUCAACACAACGAUCAACUCUAAUCGUCAACACAAAGAUCAACUCAAACCUUCAACACAAAGAUCAACUCUAACCUUCAACACAAAGAUCAACUCUAACCUUCAACACAAAGAUCAACUCUAACUGUCAAUCUAACUCUAACUCAAAAAUCAAAUAAAUAUUAAAGCCCAAAGAUAAACACAGCUUAACUCAUCAACUCAAAUAUAAACUGAUUGCCUGGUCCACAGGUCAAAGCAGUACAAGAACGGGAAAGUAUGUAUAUAAAACAUAUCGGUAUUAAUAUCAUUCAAAUGAUUUACAAAAGUGUAAUGUGUGCGCGAUUUUAAUACGUUUUCUAAUGAUGUUCUAAAUGUUAUGUUACUGAGGUUGACAGAAACCACUGGUGCGCGUAACCUCCAUUGCCGAAUAAUAUAAUAUAUACAUUUGCUGGUAUGACGCGUUGUGAAAUUCAGUGUUAAAACUUGAACUUAAAUGUAUUGAAUAAUGUAGCAACUUUACUCUCAAUUUUUAGAUUUUGACAUUUCUUUCGACCUGUCUGAGUACACGUUUCGUUUCCUGUGUAUCAACAUUUUAAAUAAUUUGGGUCACUGACAAAACAGGUAUAUGCUAGAAAUUAAUUUUUGUUCUCCCUUAAAAUAAAUUCAUUCAGUUGCCAUGACAUUACCAGAGCGUGAUAAUUGUAAAGAUGUAAAUACAUAUGCAAGUAAUUCAGUAUCGUGAUAACCCUUUAAUUUUUAUGUUAUACAUGAAUAUAUUUUGAUGUAUUUUCAAUGUUUUUUUUCCGUAAAAUAUAUAUAGAUUGGAGGAUAUAAUCGGUUACACUAAGCCUAUAGCUUAAUCAAACCUAAUUUUGUUCUGAUUAAUAUUAAGAACUGAGAAAAUACCAUAAAUUGUAUAAUGUUUGUGUUGUUGUGUUUCUUACUGAAUAAAUCAUGAGUAUUAAA